AUGCAGGCUCCUCCUCAUCUGCCGGGGGCAGCUAUGCCUGCUGUGACAGUUGCAGCAGCAGCAGCAGCAGCGGCAGCAACAGCAGCAACAGCUGCUGCAGCAUUCCCAUCGGGAGCCCUCCCUGGAGUACCCUUGUCGGUGCCUUCCCUUGGCCACCAGUUGCAGCCGCAGGUGGCUCAGGCAGCAGGAAUGCAGCAGCUUCAUCAAAUGCAGCAAAUGCAGCACAUGCAGCGAAUGAUGCAGGCUGCUCAGUAUGCUAUGCAGGUGCCUCAGACCGUUGCAGCACAGGCAGACCCAAGAGCUCAACUUUCUUUGGAUGCGACGCAUUGCGCAGUUCAAAAUCUUACGGCAGAAGAAGCCGCCUCUAUGGGCAGCGUCAUGGCAUCAGCAGCAACCACAGAGAAGAAAAAAGUUCAUCUUCGUAAGGCUGCAGGACAUAUAUGGAGUGAUCCAACAUUAGACGAAUGGUCAGAGAACGACCACAGAGUAUUUUGCGGAGAUCUCGGUAAUGAAGUCACAGACGAAGUUCUUGCCAGUGCUUUCCGCAAAUAUAAAUCCUUUGAUAAGGCUCGUGUUGUUCGCGACAAGCGAACAGGAAAGACCAAAGGAUACGGCUUCGUCUCCUUCAUGGAUCCAAAUGACAUGCUUAAGGCAAUCAAAGAAAUGAACUACAAAUACGUAGGCAACAGACCAAUCCGGGUGCUCCGCAGCAAAUGGAAAGACAGGGAGAUCGACUCGCAGAGGAACAAACAGAUUGCUAGUAUCGUCAAGAAGGUGGAAAAGAACGACUCGAAGACGUUGCGAAAGUUUAAGAAACUGGGCGUUAACAUUAAUGGAGGCAAAGCCGCAAGGAACCACGAAAUCUUGGCUAGCCAGGCGCCGAAGAUUAGGAAGAACUACGUGCCGCCUGUAGCUUACGGCCGAAUGACGUACCAGUACAUCAAAGGCGCUGCGCCUGCGCUUCCAGCCCCAGCGCCUGGUACGGGAGCCUCUUCGCAUUUGUUAGAUGAUAUUUGA